UCUUUCCCCUCCCUCCAGCUCGACCCGGCCGCCCCAUGGAGCGCAUCGCCCGGCGGGGCCCUUCUCCUCUCCUCCUUUAGCCAAACAGCCUCGUCCUUCCUCCACCUCCUCCUCCUCCGUCCGCAGGGCCGCCAUGGGCGACGUGAUCUCGGCGCACCUGGACGAGAACCGGCGCCAGUCCAUCGCAGGGAAGACAGAGAAGAUCCUCACAGAGUUUAGCCAAUUCUACCAGGAACAAUAUGGCCUCGCCCUGUUUAACAGCGUCCGCUUUGAGAUAGAAGGAGGAACGGCUCCCCAAGCCCAAUUAUUGCAUCGCAAGGUACCUCUGGAGGACCGGAUCAUCUUCUCAGGCAACCUCUUCCAAUACAUCGAAGAAAACAAGAAAUGGAGGAAUCGUUUCAGCGUCGUACCGCUCAAUUACGGGCUGGUGCUCUACGAGAACAAACUGGCCUAUGAAAGAGGUCUACAGCCCCGAAUUCUCAUCAACAGCGCCGGCUACAAAAUCCUCACCUCCCUGGACCAAUAUUUGGAGUUGAUCAGCAAUAACUUAACAGGUUCUCCAUCCAAGUCCAGCCACGCGUCCAUUGUCAAGUGUCCCACCCAAUUCCCCAUCAUUCUUUGGCAUCCUUACGCCUGCCAUUACUACUUCUGCGUGAUGACCGGCAAGGAGCAGGAGAAGUGGCAGGCCAUUUUUCAAGAUUGUGUGCGCCACUGCAACAACGGAAUUCCAGAAGAGUCCAAAGUCGAGGCUUCUGCAUUCACCGAUGCUGUGCGGAUGUACCGCCAGUCAAAGGAGCAAUACGGCACCUGGGACAUGCUUUGUGGCAACGAAGCCCAGAUCUUGAGCAACCUGGUGAUGGAGGAGCUCCUGCCUGAGUUGAAGAAUACGAUUGGGCCCCGGCUGAAGGGCAAAGAGCAAGAGAGACAACGGGCAUGGAUUCAGAUCUCAGACGCCGUGUACCGGAUGGUGUGCGACCAGGUGACAGCCCAUUAUGAUUCCUUAGUAGCAAAAUGUGAGCUUCAGAUCCCUGAAAUGAAGAGCAUUAUCCGGACAGAUAUGGAUCAGAUCAUCCAAUCCAAGGAACAUCUCGCCAACAAAAUCCGAGCCUCCGUCUUCUCCAAAGCUGAGGUCUGUGUCCGGAAUCAUGUCCAACCCUACAUCAGUUCCAUCUUGGAAGCCCUGAUGAUUCCAACCAGCCAGGGCUUUACUGAAGUUCGGGAAGUCUUUUUCAAGGAUGUCACUGACAUGAACAUGAAUAUUGUCAAUGAAGGAGGGAUGGAGAAGCUGGGAGAGUACAUGGAGAAACUUUCUCAGCUAGCUUUCCAUCCCGUGAAGAUGCAGUCCUGCUACGAGAAAAUGGACCAGCUGAAGCUGGAAGGUCUCCAACAGAGGUUUGAUGUCUCCAGUGCCUCCGUGUUCAAACAGCGUGCCCAAAUCCUGAUGAGGCAGCAAAUGGAUGACACCGUCUAUACUUUUGAGACUCUUCUCCAUCAGGAGCUGGGGAAGUCAUUGAGCAAAGAUGAACUGUGCAAGACAAUUCAGCGCAUCCUGGAGCGGGUGCUCAAGAAAUACGAUUACGACAGCAGCACGGUACGGAAGAAAUUUUUCCGAGAAGCUCUGCUGCAGGUCACAGUGCCUUUCCUGCUGAAGAAGUUGGCUCCCACUUGCAAAGGGGACCUCUCAAGAUUCCAGGAGCUGAUUUUUGAGGAUUUUGCCCGCUUCAUCCUGGUGGAAAACACGUAUGAAGAAGUGGUCCUGCAGUCUGUGAUGAAAGAUAUCAUGAUGGCCGUGAAAGAGGCAGCCGUCCAGCGGAAGCACAACCUCUACCGGGACAGCAUUGUGAUGCAUAACAGCGACCCCAACCUACACCUGCUUGGCGAGGGGACACCCAUCAACUGGGGGGAGGAGUAUGGCGGUGAAUCAGACACAGACCCCCUGGACGAGAAGCAGCACCGGGCCAAGCAGGUGGUCUCCAUGAUACACGUGGAUGAAAAGGCUCUGCCUUAUGAUGAAGUGGAAAGAUCUCCAGAUGGUUCAGAACCAGAGAAGUCCGACCACUGUCCUAGUCCUCAGACCCAGGACUCCUUGGACGCUGUGAAGGAGGUCCGUAUGUUGCUGGUGAAAGAGGUGGAGGUCCCAACUCUGGAUGGCAAUCAAGCUGAGGAACAAUUAAGCAAUGGUACUAUUACCCAAGAGAGCGGAGGAACCCCAGAGCCCAGCAAAGGGAAGGAGGAGGAGGAGAACUCUCAAGCAGAAGAUAGUUCUCCUACUACGGAAUCCUCCACAGAGCUCAACAGAGAGAAACAGGAAGCCCCAGAACCUUCUCCAGUUGCCCCCACGCAACCCCUAGCUCCAAAUAGAGGAGUCCAAGCAGAAUGCCCAGAGCCCAGCAAUAAAGAGACAGGCGAGGAAGAGGUCUCUGCCCAAGCCAGCAAGGCAGAAGCAGAGAUCCCGCUGGAGAACAGCCACAAGGUCACAGACGAAAGCGAAGGGGUGCAAACUCAGUUCUAGAUCAGCCUUCCCCUUGGAAGAGGAUUCCUCGCGGCCAGAUAAAUGUGUGUGGGGGGGAGACCAGAACUGGGGGACCCUGUGGGAUGGGAAGGACAAAGGCAAGUCAAUCCAAGGCUGGUAUAGGAGCAUCUCCAACUUUAGAUGUGCUUGAUUCUUCUGGAGAAGUUCUGCCUUUGGAGGAGGGGGAGGGAAAGCAGGGCAAGUGAGGAACUCCAGAAUGCACAUUCUACAUCUCUUGGGUCUGGGGUGAUUUUUCUAGUCUUGAACUGGAGCGUUUCACACACACACACACACACACACACACACACACACAAGUUCUCCUGACUCAAAGUUGUAUUGUUGUAUUGGGUGUUCUGGAGAAGGGACUUCAUUCAUCUUAGAUGCUAACACAUGCCUGGAGCGUUGAAACACAAAGAGAAGUCAUUGGGUUUCUCCAUCUUGAUCCAGACUGGUACUAAUUUGACUUUCUGACCCAUAAUUUGGUUUGAUGGUCCCAUCCCUUUGUCUUCUUCCAACUGUUGAUGGUAGAAGUCUCUUUCCUGUUAAGGGGUUCUCUUUUCCCCUCACCAGUGUUCACAAUUAGGAAUGGUUAUCUCUUAAAUUUGUCCUUUUCUGGACCUCCUAUUCUAGAUGUUUUUAGCACUAGAAUUGCUAUUGGAGUUGGUCCAAUUGUUGUUCUUCCCCCAGCAUCCAUCUUGCUAGUUAUGUAGAGAUGAAGAGCCCUUAGUUUCAGGAGAAAGCAAGUAGGAGCAUGCAGACUUUUGGAAGCACGUGGAUGUGAGCUAGAGAAAGGGGUGUGUAUCGUCGAAGGCUUGCUGAUUUUGGAACAGACCGGCAAAAGUUGAUGGUUAUGAGAAGACUGCUAUAGGAAUUUAAAUUAUUUCAGUGAGGACUGCUGGCUGAGGACCUUAUGUCUUAAUUGGUCAGUCAAGGAUGUUCCAUGAGAACAAGUAACCAGUAUAUGUCAUGCUAAUGUAGGAUUGUUAAGGAGUUCAUUAUCUUGGCCUGUUCAGGCAUCCUUGGGUUUACCUACACAGGUUCUCUGCUGAAUUCAUGCUUGUUUGUCUGUGUAUUUCCCCUCUUUUCCCAGGGAAGCAAAGGAGCAGAAUGAUCCUAGAAGCCAUCAGCAGAGAAUCCUACAAAAGGAUCCUAUAAAGAGAGAUCCUAUACGCAUAAGUCUUCAGCCUAGAGGGAAGCCACCGAGGUUCCAAUAAUUUUUUUUUUAAAAAUGCACUUGGUGUGGUGGCAGUAAUGAUUAUCGGGGGACACAAAAGGGAAGAUGGGGUUUCUUUUAGCUUUAGCAGUUCCUGGACAGUUACGUUUAGCAAUUCAGUUGUGUUCUUGCAGGGAUGACUGGCAUCCUUUCAAUAGGAACCCAAUCCCUGUAAAUUUUAGGUCUCCCUGCUGCUUGCAUGACAUGGGCAAAAGUGAAAGAACGGGUUGGGGAUCAGGAACGUGGCCUUCAGAAUCCCACCCUGCCUUUAUACACCAAGUCUAUUUCCCUCUCCCCUUCCUUCUGAAUCUGUGAAGCGGAUUGCAAGUUGGAAGCCACGCUGAGCUUCCAACCUCUGGCACUGGAUUUACAAGAUGCCAAUCCAAUCCACGUUUAUAUACCUAUACACACAUCCCUACCACUUAUCCAUCUCUUCAUCCAUCCCUGGAGGACUUUGGACAAUAUGGUUGGGCUUGGUUUUUUUUUUUUUUUACCUCCUUAAAGGUCCCACUUUAUUCUUGUUUACCGUCAAACUCUUGUCUUGAGAGCAUCCCCAAAGUGGUAGUGAGUCAGAACCCUGGCAACAUCUGGAUGUUUUCUGUUCUGGAAGAGGUGUUGGUUGGAUCUUCUCUGCAGUGCUGAUAGGGAAGGGCGGCUUCUUCUGUCUUCUGAGAAGGCCAUGGUCCUCUUCCAAGUUAGUGGUGAAAGUUUCUGUCUUAAGAAUCUCUGCAUUGACUGGAUUGAGUGAUGAAUGGGCCUACAAGAACCAAUUUCCCCCAGGGCCUUCAUCCCUCAAGAAGGAAAUAACCUUGUUGGUUUUUCUCCCAUCCUCUGUUUUUAUGGAUGGGGGAAGCAAAGCUGAGUCAGUUAGGAUCUGCUGGCAGAGGAUUGCUCUUUUGGGGGGAAUUCCAUAAUCUCAAAAAUAAAAUAAAAAAUGAUUGGAAUUCAACUUCUAGGAAAUUGUGGUGCCAACUGAGGAAGGGGGAUGAUCUUCAGCGGAUCGAGAAAUAGGAAGACUCCUUGGAAAACUGCCCAUGAUCCAAAUGCCUCAACACUGCCCACCUCAUCUCGAUUUGCUGCUGUAACAUUCCAGUUUCACUCUGCCUGUUUUUUU